GAUACACCGCCCACGGACACUGCCACAGUGAAGUGCCAGAUGGAGAAUUGCAUACCGUAUGGGUACUGUCACGGUCUUUAUCAGUGCCCAACGAUAAGCAAGACAAUGCGUACUGGUAAUACUGGCCGCCACAGGAGUCUCGACUCUCCAUCCAAUUAAUUCCUCACGAGACUCUCCUUUAAUUCCAGUUUCACCAUUUCCACUCCUCCUGUCUCACUUCUUCCCUUCUUCGUCCCUUCUUCGUCCCUUUGGCUUCUUGCACUCUCAGUUCAAUCACAUCUUUUGCUGUGAUCCCUGGGCAUCCUCUAUUCUCUUUAUACCCGUUUUGCACUUAGUUCUGGUUCUAAUACAAGAAUACAAGAUGGUAUUUGGACGCAAGAAGGACGACGGCGACGAAUCCCAUAACCGCCUUGCACUCUUUGGCUCUCGAUCGAAGAGUAAGAGCCCAGCGCCUCCGGCGAACCCCUACGCAAAACCUAUCCCAACAGACCCUUACACCAAAGCUAAGAUCAAUGCCGGAGUGGCUCCCCUACCGGCAGGUGAACAACCACCUGCCAGGAAUAGCCCCGCAGGCGGGAACGUUCCUGGCGAUAACAAACUCCAAGGAGGUUAUACCCCCAACAACUAUGUAAACCAGGGUGGAUACGGAGGUGAUCGAUUCGGUGGUGGUGGUCCCGCCCCUGCUGCGUCCCGGUAUGGCCCAGGUGGCUAUGGAGGAUUGGGCAGCACCGAUCCCAAUGACCCAAGCGAUGCUGGGAGAGAUGCACUUUUUGGGGGAGCUAGGGAAAGAGCGCAGCAACAGACCCAGGGUGGUCCUCCUCCCCCAUACUCGGAGGGUACUCCCUCCUACGGUGGCGGUAGCAAUGCAUACAACACUUCGACAUACCAGGAACGCCACCUUACCGCAGAGGAAGAAGAAGAGGAGGAAAUCCAAACCAUCAAGCAAGACAUCCGGUUCAUCAAGCAGGGCGAUGUGGCAUCCACACGAAAUGCCCUCCGUAUUGCGGCACAGGCUGAGGAGACAGGUCGGGAGACUCUUGCUCGUCUGGGUGCCCAAGGCGAACGGAUUCACGAUACCGAGAAGAGCUUGGAUAUCGCUACGAUAGAAGGACGCAUUGCUGAGGAGAAGGCUAAAGAGUUGAAGACGCUCAAUAAGAGCAUGUUCGCCGUCCACGUCUCGAACCCAUUCACCAGCGCGCGUCGUCGCCGAGACCGUGAUGAGAAGAUCUUGAAUACUCAUCGAGAGGAGCGUGAGACUCGUGAGGGCACUCGCAAGGAAGCCUUCUCCACCAACCAGCGUAUGGAGCGCACUUUCAGAGAGAUUGACCGCGAAGCCGGCAAGCAUAACGGAAAGGUGCGAACGAAUGCCACCGAACGUGCCAAGUACCAGUUCGAGGCGGACAGUGAGGAUGAGGGGAUGGAGGACGAGAUUGAGCAAAAUCUGGAUCUGCUUUCUGGAGCCGCAGGCCGGUUGCAUGGGCUUUCUAAGGCGACGGGCCGUGAGCUGGAUGAGCAGAACCGCCAUCUGGAGCGUAUCAUGCAAAAGAGCGACUUCGUCGACGACCAGAUUGCAAUGAACCGCGCCAAACUAGACCGGAUUCGUUAGAUAUCUUGUAUAUAGAGGACUUGCGGGGGAGUUGUCGACGCCUGGUGCUCUCAACCUCAAUGCGAAUUGCCACAUACUGUGCAUACUCAUCAACUACAUAUCCUUGGCGUUCCGGGUUCUCAUGUCUUCAGACCUAGUGUUUGUUGCGUUUCUUGCAUUGGAGGAAAUUAAUAGUACUUACUACUUCGUUGAAUAGAACAUGUCUGGUCUAAAGCCAAUUUGCCCGUAUCUUUGGAAAGGAUGAUACAACCUUGAAUAUAGAUACCCAGAGCGGCCUUAGUAGACGGCUGGUACCGAGGUUCAUUGCUACCUAGUAGACCACAGCCGCUUUUGCAUCUUGCUGGGGUGAUUGUUUUGCGAAACCCAAGGACGAAGCAUCUGCCAAAGAAGUGUAGAGAGGAUAGAUCGGUUGCUAUCAGGGAUUGCCAUUGUUUCCUGAGCAUGGGUCCGUUAUCUGUUUGUAGAUUAUCAAAGGACUUCAAAGGGUAUCAAGGCUAUUAUCAUAAAGGUGUCAUUUCAUGAUGCCCAGUGAACGAGACUAUUGUGUUAUUUACCGGCUGAAUGAAUUGACAUACUGCCCUUUUAAUAUGGGAGUAGAUAAUACCGAUAUAGAAAGUAUGGCGAGGCAUCAUUUGUAUUUAGAAUAUCUUAUUAGCAUCAUGUAUAACAAACAGGAUACGAGAUAUCAGCUUUUCCAAGCGCCUAUGGCUUCGAAAUUUUCAUAUCUACGCCACUCACCCUCGCAAA